AUGGCUGGUCUUGAUAAACAGCUUGAAGCGUUGAGCGUAAAAAAGGGCAAUUCGAAUAAAGUUCCAAAACCGGGUACUUCAGGUAUCGACUUCAGAGAACAGCAAAAUCAAUCGCGCAAACUUAGUGUUCAAAACCUCAAUAAAAAGAGCAUCAAACAACUGUUGGAUGAUAUGAUUCCGGACAACCCAACUAAUUCAACCUCAGAGAGUGAAGAGGAUCUGGAUGGGGAUGACGAAAGACGAAGUUCGUUCGGAAGCCAUUCAAUCGGAAGUUAUUCGAAGGGAAGUGGUUCGAAAAAAUCUGAGCGAUUAAGCGACGGAAGCCUAUACGGGCUGGGGCAUCUGCGAACCGGGCCAACGAAGGCACAAAUGGCAGCACGAAACGGGAUCACAAAAAGACUUCCUACUUUCAGUGGUAAGCCGGAAAAGUGGCCACUGUUUUUCGGUACGUUCCAAGCAUCAAAUGAAGCCUGUGGGUAUACCGACGUCGAAAAUCUUGUGCGGUUGCAGGAGAGUCUAAAAGGUCCAGCUCUAGAAUGGGUACGAGGGCAACUAAUUAUUCCGCAAUCAGUUCCGAGGGUCAUCGCCAAACUUAAGCAGCUUUACGGUCGUCCGGAACAGUUACUCAAGUGUUACUUGGAAAAGGUUCACAAGCUAGACCCACCAAGAGCCGAUAAACUGGCGAGUUUUAUUCCGUUCGGAAACGCUGUAGAACAGUUAUGCGAACACCUGGAGGCAGCCGAUCUUAAGCAACAUCUCAUUAAUCCGCUGCUAAUUCAGGAACUUGUCGAUAAACUUCCGGAUGGCGAAAAACGACAGUGGGUUCGUUUCAAGCGAUAUACUGGAGACGUCACUUUGAGGACUUUUACAGAUUUUUUGGCGGAAAUAGUUGCGGAUGCAUGCGAAGCGAAUGUGAAUCUGGAGUAUAAAUCCUCGACGAAGUCGUUCAGCGGUGGUCAAUCAGUGAGAAACCAUGCGAGAGGAAGCGGCGCUGUGUAUAAUCACUGCGAAGAGCGUACAGAUGACGACGCAACAGUUAGUCAAGGUAAAUUCCGACCAUGCCAGGUUUGUCAGCGGGUAGAUCAUCGCGUCCGGCACUGUCCGGAGUUUGAAAGACUAAGUUACGCGGACCGAAAUAAAGUAGUAAACCAUUAUAAGUUGUGUACCAUAUGUCUUAACAAUCAUAGCGGGAUUCAGUGCAACGUAGGUGAAUGCAGAGAGCGACAUAAUCCGCUGAUGCAUCCGGUGAAUCACAUCGUCGGCACAAGUGUUCAUAUCCGAAACCAAACAACAGUCAUGUUUAGGAUGAUUCCAGUUCAGUUGCAUUACGGGGGGCGUUCCAUUACGGUUUUGGCGUUCUUAGAUGAAGGAGCCUCCGUUACAAUCGUCGAGAAAAGAUGGACAGAUCGUUUGGGUUUAGUAGGUGUGUCGGAGAAAUUAACCAUCAAAUGGACUUCCGACAUCACGCGCGUAGAGCCAGAAUCUCGUCGUGUGAAUGUGUGGGCGUCAGCAGUUGGAAGUAAAGAAAAGAGGCUAUUACACUCGGUUCGAACGGUUAGUAAGCUAAUGUUGCCACAUCAGAGACUGAAUGCUGCAGAAAUAGCGCAACAGUUCAAGCAUAUGCGAGGGUUACCGAUUGCCUCGUACGACGGGCAGCCGGGAAUGCUUAUCGGACUUAACAACGUUCAUUCGUUUGCGCCGACGGAAGCAAAAAUCGGAACCGUUUCGGAACCAAUAGCGGUGAAUUGUCAACUCGGAUGGACCGUCUACGGGCCAGCCAAGUCAAACGCAGCAGGUGACGGAGAAUAUGUAGGUCAUCAUCACGAAAUUAGUAAUGAGGAUCUGCAUGAUCUACUUAAAAGCCAUUAUGCUUUGGAGGAGUCAGUUGUAGUGGUAUCGCAAGAGUCAGCAGACGACUACCGAGCCAGGCAGAUAAUGGAGCGGACUACUAAACGAGUGGGAUACCGUUUCGAGACCGGACUGCUGUGGAAGAAUGAUGAUCCACAAUUUCCGGAUAGUUUUCCGAUGGCUUUACGGAGGAUGAAGCAGCUGGAGAACAAAAUGAUGAAGAAUCCAGAUCUGUACGAGAGCGUGUGUCGACAAAUCGACGAGUACCAGGAGAAGGGGUAUGCACAUGUUGCAACGGCAGAGGAGUUGCGGAAUUCCGAACCGGAGAAGGUGUGGUACUUACCGUUAAACGCGGUGACAAAUCCCAGAAAACCAGGCAAGAUUCGUCUAGUAUGGGACGCUGCAGCCUCGGUGCAGGGAAUGUCCCUCAACCUGCAGCUGUUGAAGGGGCCAGACCUGUUGGUUCCGCUGGUAAAAGUGAUUGUAGGGUUUAGAGAACGACGGAUAGCGUUCGGUGGCGAUCUCCGUGAAAUGUACCACCAACUACAAAUCAUAGAAAGUGAUAGACAGUUCCAACGUUUCGUAUUUCGGAAAGAUUUCAGUAAAAAACCAACCAUUUUCGUUAUGGAUGUUGCUACGUUUGGCGCCACUUGCUCUCCAAGUUCGGCGCAGUAUGUCAAGAACAGAAAUGCGGAAGAACACGCAGUUCAAUAUCCACAAGCAGCGUCGGCAAUCAUACAUCGUCAUUACGUCGAUGAUUACUUCGACAGCGUUGACACUAUUGAAGAGGCGGUAAAUAUAGCGAAGCAAGUGCAUCUGAUACACAAACAUGGUGGGUUUGAAAUUCGAAAUUGGGUUUCCAAUGCACCAGAAGUUCUUCAGAUUUUGGGUGAAGAAAAGCCGGUAUCGCCAGUACAUUUCAAUCGAGAUAAGCAGAGUUUUAGUGAACGUGUUCUUGGUAUCAUUUGGGAUCCAGACUUGGACGAAUUCUCUUUCUCAACGUUGCACCGACCGGAAAUGCUGGCAUAUCUGUACGAUGGAAAACGGCCAACGAAGCAACUUGCCCUAAGCUGCGUGAUGGGAUUUUUCGACCCGAUGGGGCUGCUGUCACCCUUCACAAUCCACGGGAAAAUAAUAAUUCAGCAUCUGUGGCGUUUGGGCUGUGAUUGGAAAGAUGAAAUCGACGACGAGAGCUGGAGAUUAUGGAAACGCUGGACUGGUCUACUGCCAGAAGUAGAAGCAGUUCGGAUCACACGAUGUUUUAUUGGAAACGCUCUAUCAUCGGCCGUUGAUUCACUAGAACUCCACAUCUUCACUGAUGCCAGUGAAUUAGCAUACGGCUGUGUAGCGUACCUGCGUGCGGAAAUCCAUGGGAAAGUACGAUGUAGUUUGGUUAUGUCUCGGGCGAAGGUGGCUCCACUGAAACGGCAAUCAGUUCCUCGACUGGAAUUAAUGGCGGCAGUACUCGGAGCUCGACUGAGUCGAACGGUUUUAGAAAUGCUCUCUACAGAAAUCAAGCGGUGUGUGUUGUGGACGGACUCUCGUACAGUGUGCAGCUGGCUGCAGUCGGAUCAGUACAAAUUCAAGCAAUUCGUUGCUUUCAGAAUUGGCGAAAUACUGGAACUAACUAGAGUAACUGAUUGGCGUUGGGUUCCUACUAAACUGAAUAUCGCGGACGUAUUGACUAAGUGGGGACAUGGAUCGUCGCUUAACAGCGACGGAGAAUGGUUCAACGGAGCAUCGUUUCUGUAUCUGCACGAAGAAGACUGGCCAAGAAAAGAAAAGCCGUUCGAGGAGACAAGCGAAGAGGCUAGGGGAGUGGUACUGUUUCUACAACUAGUUGACAAUGUAGCUAUUUCAAGAUGGGCAACUCUGGUGAGAGUUAUUGCAUAUGCGGUUCGAUUCACAGAAAAUUGUAAGCGGAAAAAGAAAGGACAGCCGGUAGUAACGAUCAAAGCCACAACAAACCAACAACGAUCGAUUGAAACGAAAUACCCCACAGUGCUGCAACCUCUUCAGCAGGAAGAACUGCAGAAGGCCGAGAUAAUUCUGUGGAAACAAGUACAGUUCGACAGCUUUCCGGAUGAAAUGAGUGCGUUAACGAAAACUCUCUAUCUAAAGCCGGAGCGAAUACCAGCUAAAAUCGGAAGAUCGAGUAUUCUAGCAAAAUUGUCUCCAAUUCUGGACGACAACGGAGUUUUGCGGAUGGGUGGAAGAUUGGCAAUGGCGGAUAACGUUCCUUACGAUAAGAAGUUUCCGAUUAUUUUAUCACGACACCACGAUAUCACUAAAAAGUUGAUUCAUUCCUACCGCGAAAGGUUCGGGCACGCAAACAGAGAAACUGUCUGCAAUGAACUACGUCAGAAAUUCUGGAUUCCAAACCUCCGUGCAGUGAUCUGCCAAGUGAUGCGAGAGUGCGCAUGGUGCAAAGUUCAUCGAUGUCGCCCGCAAGUACCAAUGAUGGCUCCUCUUCCGGCACAACGUGUCAAGGCAGGAUUGCGUCCUUUCAGCUCGGUCGGCAUCGAUUAUUUGGGACCAGUAGAAGUAUCAGUUGGAAGAAGGAGAGAAAAGCGAUGGAUAGCCGUGUUCACGUGCCUCACCAUCAGAGCAGUACAUCUUGACGUGGUUUACAGCCUGACAACGCAAUCGUGCAUGAUGGCAAUUCGUCGAUUCACUUGCAAACGAGGCGUUCCUGAUUUCAUCUUCUCGGAUAAUGCAACUUGUUUUGCGGGUGCUAGCAAGGAGAUGCAGAAAGUGCUGAACAAGAUUCACAGUGACUGUGCCGAAGUAAUAACGACGGCUACGACGGCCUGGCGCUUCAUUCCGCCCGGCACUCCGCACAUGGGAGGUGCAUGGGAGCGGAUGGUUCGUUCCGUGAAAGAAGCGAUGAAGGCUCUGGAUGAUGGCAGGAAGCUAACGGACGAGAUAUUGAGCACCACACUCGCGGAGGCAGAAGACAUGAUAAACACUCGACCUCUUACUUAUGUUCCUCAAGAAUCUGCCGAGAUAGAAUCUCUGACCCCGAACCAUUUUCUACGCGGAACGGUGAAAGAUGCAGAUCUUACUGUUGAUUGCGGUGUGAACCUAGCGGAUGCCAUUAGAGAUGUCUACAAGCGGUCACAGUAUCUAUCGGACCGGAUGUGGGAGCGUUGGAGUAAAGAGUACCUACUGACGAUUAAUCGGCGUACCAAGUGGUACGAUGAGCGACGACUACUGAAAGUUGGAGACCUCGUGUUUAUUAUGGACGGCAAAGAGAGAAAGAAAUGGACCAGAGGAAUGGUCGAAGAAGUGAUGCAAGGGCCCGAUGGUCGAGUCCGAGAAGCAAGAGUUAGAACUGCAGCAGGAAUCCAUAGGCGUUCAGUGGCGAAUUUGGCGGUAUUAGAAAUUGAGAGUUGUAAAUCCGGAAGUCCCGAAGAAACAUCGGAUGUUACGGGCUGGGGUGUUAACACCGCUGGCAACACUGGCGAUAGAAUCGCUAAACGCAGCAUUGAGUGA